GGUUGACGAAAGCAUUUUAUCUUUUAAUCUGUUCGCUUUAGUCUCUGGUCAGACAGACUUGGGCCACCCACCUCGUUGCAUUCUAUAUCCAAGCCUGCAAGGCUGAGACUUCAUAAGAAAAUGAAUCCUUUGCCCGCGCCACCUGUGAUCGGUGGUUCGCACUUCGGAUGGCGCAUUUCUCGCAUUUCAACUUGUCGGGCGGCACCUUCCAUCCAUACAAAUGCAUUGUUGGCAGCCAAGCUAUCUAUUUCAGGUACGGAAAUGAGGGGGUGGGCCUUGGCUUAAUUUGAUCCUUCCUUGUGGACUUUAGAAAUGGCCUCUCCCGCACUCCAAGAUAAAUGAAUGGUAUUGUCUGGAGGACAUAAUCUUCGUUUUGUGUUUGUUUUCUCGAAAGCUUUGCGAUGCGUACUCAACAACUCAUCCCUCUAGUUGCUCUUAUCUUAUGGAGUUCUCCUGUUUCAUCAUGGGGGCUAUUCAAGCGCGCUGCAGUAGUUAUCACGAAACCCAAUUCUGGAGACACGAUCGUAGCAAAGGCCGACUUCGACAUCGAAUGGACACAUUUGACGGAGAACAAUGUGACAAUUUCGUUGAGGCAAGGAACAACAACUAAUAUGACGCUCGUACACGUCAUAACUGCAAGCACCCCCAACAAUGGCAGUUAUGCCUGGCGAUCGCGUGAUGACAUGUACCUCUACGGCGACUACUCAGACCGGCCGGACAGUAACUGUAAUUAUGCGUUAGAAUUCAGGACGGGAGGUGAAGUCAUCAACUCGGACUUCUUCACAAUAAUCAAUGAGAGGGAUGGCGGGAUUAAUGCAAACACGACUUGUGCUGGCGGGAAGAUAGAGGACGGUGGUUCCCAGCAAAAUGAUCCGGGCCAGUCAAAUACUACUAACGGAGGUGUGUCUGCCGCGGCUCUUGGUGGUGCAGUGGCUGGAGUAGCUGUUGGUAUACUUGCUAUUGUUGGCGGGUUUUUCUUCAUUGCUAAGAGGCAAGGGUGGAUUAUGACGAGAGCAGAAUGUGAACAGUUGAUUGAGGGGAGAUUAAGGAAUGAGGAGAGAGUCCAUCUCAACAAGCCCAUGGAUAAAGAAGUUGCGCAGGUUGAUGGAGGCCAAAUAUUUCAGAUGCCAUGACGUGUUGGAGUUGAGCUGCGGUUAGAUAUCGAACUAAGCAAGGGCAACAAGUUUUCAACGAUGCACAUAUCAACGAUCCAAGGCUUACAGCAGAAGCCUUGAGGCAACGCGGUGUGGAUAUACAGACAUUCAACUUGAUUUGAGUGGCUAAACGAGAGAAUAAUUUGCAGACUCAAUUCAUCCACUUCUAUAGGAAACGUC